CACUUUUUCCACUCAAAUAAUCACACGGUUAAAUUGAGUCACUACUAUCGUGCUAGCCCGACGACGAGCUAGGGUUUAUCCAGCGUUCCGUCUUCUCUCCAUUUCUCUCUCUCCCGCUUCUUCUUCUGUGUGCCCUAGCAAUGGCGAAACCGGGGCGAGGCCAUCGCUCUCCGCCCUCGGGCUCCGGCUCCUCCUCCCGCUCCCGUUCCUCUUCCCCUUCAGAUUCUCGCUCUUCCUCCCGCUCUCGCUCCCUCUCUCGAUCCCGUUCUCCUUCUCGCUCCAGAUCCUUCUCUUCCUCCUCCUCCUCCCCGUCUCGCUCCUCCCGAAGCCGAAGCCGAAGCCCUCCCCCUCAGCGCCGAAGAAGCUCCCCUGAAGCAGCCAGGCGAGGUCGAUCUCCUCCCCCUCAGUCUAGAAGAGCUUCUCCUCCUCCAAGGUAACUUUGGCGAGGUUGUAAGUGUGGAGUUGGCAAUGGACCGAACUGUUAAUCUUCCAAAAGGAUAUGGAUAUGUGCAGUUUAAGACAAGAGCAGAUGCUGAAAAAGCUUUAUUGUACAUGGAUGGUGCCCAAAUAGAUGGGAAUGUUGUUAAGGCAAGAUUUACACUACCUCCUAGACAGAAAGUUUCUUCACCACCAAAAGCUUCUGCUGUUGCUCUGAAGAGAGAUGGCCCUAGGACUGAUAAUGCUAGUGCAGAUGUUGAAAAGGACGGGCCAAAGCGGCCAAGAGAAUCUCCUCGGAGAAAACCUCCUCCCUCGCCACGAAGGAGAUCUCCUGUGCCUCGAAGAGUUGGAUCUCCAAGACGACCAGAUUCUCCAAUUCGCCGUCGUGCAGAUUCUCCAAUUCGCCGUCGAUUAGACUCUCCUCAUCGUCGUGGAGACACACCUCCUAGGAGGAGGCCUAUAUCCCCUGGGAGAGGCCGUUCUCCAUCUCCACCAAGGCGUCUUAGAUCCCCUGCAAGGGCCUCUCCAAGAAGGUUGCGGGGAAGUCCAGGUCGUAGACGUUCCCCUCCUCCUCUAAGGCGCCGUUCACCGCCUAGACGAGCUCGUAGUCCUCCUAGAAGGUCUCCAAUAAGUCGUAGGCGCAGUCGCUCUCCAAUACGUAGACGCUCACGCUCAAGAUCAUUCUCACCUCGAAGAGGUCGACCACCUGUAAGACGUGGGAGGUCUUCAUCCUACUCUGACUCGCCAAGUCCACGCAAGGUAUCCCGGAGAUCGAAGAGUCGCAGUUCGGGUAGGCCUUUGAGAGGAAGAGGCAGUAGCAACAGCAGCAGCAGCAGUUCACCACCCCCACCUCGCAAACCCUAGAUAUAAUUCGUGUACAUCUGUUGUCUGUUUUUGUUCAUGUAUUUGUCAAGACUUAAUAUUAUGGAAGUUACUCUACCGGCAAUGUCUUUGGGGGAUAUGUUUCUAUGACUGUCUACUCUCCAACAGAUGCUUUCUUAUUAGCACUUGAAAAUGUUUUUGGAGAUUUGCUGUUCCAUUAGUUUUCAUUCGGGAACCCUUAGCUUUGUCAUUUUGAUCCAAAAUGAUGAGUUUCGGAGAUGGGGAUUUCUUGUAUCGAAUGAGUGAAAAUCUAAACUUAGUUGAAUCCUAUUAGAAUUUCAGUGGAAUGCUAUGUCACUGAUAUUUCAGAAA